AUGUCCUCUAACUUCAAACUUCAGUAUCACUUCAUUCUGAUCUUCCUGGCGGCUCUAAGAGGCGAGAGCCGGUACCUAGAGCUGCGGGAAGCGGCGGACUACGACCCUUUCCUGCUCAUCAGCGCCGACCUGAAGCGGCAGCUGGCGGGGGAGCAGCCGUACCGGCGCGCGCUGCGGUGCCUGGACAUGCUGAGCCUCCAGGGCCAGUUCACCUUCACCGCCGACCGGCCGCAGCUGCACUGCGCCGCUUUCUUCAUCGGCGAGCCCGAGGAGUUCAUCACCAUCCACUACGACCUGGUCUCCAUCGACUGCCAGGGCGGGGACUUCCUGAAGGUAUUUGAUGGUUGGAUUCUCAAGGGGGAGAAGUUCCCCAGUUCCCAGGAUCAUCCUCUCCCCACAACUGAGCGGUACAUUGAUUACUGUGAGAGUGGUCUCAGCAGAAGGAGCAUCAAAUCCUCCCAGAAUGUGGCCAUGAUCUUCUUCCGGGUCCAUGAACCAGGAAAUGGAUUCACAUUAACUGUAGAGACAGACCCCAACCUCUUUCCCUGCAAUGUCAUCUCUCAGACCCCAAAUGGGAGGUUUACCCUGGUAGUUCUGCAUCAACAUCGAAACUGCAGCUUCUCCAUAAUUUAUCCUGUGGUGAUCAAAAUAUCUGAUCUCACCCUGGGACACGUAAAUGGUCUUCAGUUAAAGAAACCCUCAGCAGGUUGUGGGGGAAUAGGAGACUUUGUGGAGCUGCUAGGAGGAACUGGAUUGGACCCUUCCAAGAUGAUGCCUUUAGCUGAACUCUGCUAUCCCUUUCAUGGCCCUGCCCAAAUGAAAAUUGGCUGUGACAACACUGUGGUGCGUGUGGUCUCCAGUGGAAAACAUAUAAAUCGUGUGACUUUUGAGUAUCGUCAGCUGGAACCAUACGAACUGGAAAACCCAAACGGAAACAGUAUCCGGGAAUUCUGUUUGUCUAGUCUUUAA